CGUCUGCAGAUUUACCUCUUGACAUUGUUUUCAUCUUUUGUUUAUAAAGGCCGGCCUUUUCUAUUCAAACACUCAUCUACCUCCUAUUGACUUGUUCGAAACAUGUUAUCAACGGAACACUCCAGCUUUUCAUUACCCGUCGUACCACCAGCUGUAUCAGAAUGGCCUUCAAGAAACGGCAAACCAAGAGUAGACUUGAGUCAACUUCAGUUGCAGCUCUCCAAUCUAGAUGCUCAACACAGUGCUUCACUGGAGUGUACAGCAGCGGCUGACACGGAGACCCCCUUAGAUAGGAGUUUUCCCACCAAGUCUGUACACAAAGGUGGUCGGAAGCAAGUUCGAUUCACAGAGGAGGCACCCACCAUCAUCGUAUAUGAACAAGUUGACAUCUUGGAAGGAGAAAUUAUCACCAAUCACUGCAACCUUCGGCGACGCAAUGUCGAUCUCUCACCAGUAAAAAAUGAUAAAUAUGAAGGUUCAUUCUCCUCCAUCCAGUCUUCCCCGCCUACACCUAUUGCUCUACAAGGAGCCGACAUUUCCAUCCAACAGGAGAAAGAAAUUGCAUUAUCAUGUGUACAGCCGUUCGACAUCAGUGUAGCUCAUACUACUCUGCCAAUUGCACAAUCGUUGACCAUUAAUACCACUCGUUCUACACCUCUUCCUAUUGAAACGGCGCCUUCAACACCACCAUCGUGGUCUCCUAAGUUGGAAGCUUUGUCUCCCAGCCCUAGCAGCGAUAGUGACAGUUCUUUCGACACCCCACUCACCCCCACGGCCUCCAAUAGCUCAGCAUUUUCGAUGUCUGGCAAACGCAUCUCCAAAUUGCGAACUCUUCUAUCCAUUCGAAGACCCAAAGGACAACAGGCGUUUUAGAAGAAUCAACAGGCGAGAUAUCCACUUUUUGGUUCUAUCUCGCCAAACCAGCUUCGUCAUUCCCCAACAUAUUUUGUACAUAAUCAGCCACCCUUACUUGGCUGACAUCCAACCCUCAUUACCAGCCUCAC